CACGCGCAGAUUCACGAGGAAUGAAAACGCACACGACCUUCCGCUGUGUUCAUGACAUCCUUUUAAACGGGUUUCACUGAGUCUGAUCUACAGGAGAGAUCUACAGUGUGAUCGGACUGAUCGGAUGUUCAGCUCGCUGUGAUUAUCAUGGCUGCGUCUGAAUUAUAUACAAAGUAUGCACGGGUUUGGAUCCCAGAUCCAGAGGAAGUUUGGAAAUCAGCAGAGCUCAACAAGGACUACAGACAAGGAGAUGGAGUUCUGCAGCUUCAGCUUGAGGAUGGGAAGGAACUGGAGUACAAAUUGGACCCCAAGACAAACAACCUGCCGCAUCUGCGUAAUCCAGAUAUCCUGGUGGGAGAGAACGACCUGACGGCUCUCAGUUACCUGCAUGAGCCUGCUGUCUUACACAACCUGAAAGUGCGCUUCACUGAUUCCAAACUCAUCUACACAUACUGCGGUAUCGUCCUAGUCGCCAUAAACCCAUAUGAGACACUGCCCAUUUAUGGAGCCGACAUCAUUAAUGCGUACAGCGGGCAGAAUAUGGGCGACAUGGACCCGCACAUCUUUGCGGUGGCAGAGGAGUCUUAUAAACAGAUGGCCAGAGAUGAGAGGAAUCAGUCCAUCAUCGUGAGCGGAGAAUCCGGGGCGGGUAAAACCGUCUCCGCCAAAUAUGCCAUGCGUUACUUUGCCACGGUCAGCGGCUCUGCCAGCGAAGCCAACGUGGAGGAGAAAGUUCUGGCAUCCAACCCCAUCAUGGAGUCUAUAGGUAAUGCCAAGACCACUAGGAAUGACAACAGCAGUCGAUUUGGAAAGUACAUUGAGAUCGGCUUUGAUAAGAAGUAUCAUAUCAUUGGGGCGAACAUGAGGACAUAUCUACUGGAAAAAUCACGAGUUGUAUUUCAGGCGGACGAGGAGAGAAAUUAUCACAUCUUCUAUCAGUUGUGUGCGUCUGCUAACCUGCCAGAGUUUAAAGCUCUUAAACUGAGGACAGCAAAUGAGUUUCACUACACCAAACAGGGCAGGAGCCCGGUGAUAGACGGUGUGGAUGAUGCUAAGGAAAUGUCAACCACCAGGAAUGCCUUCAUAUUGCUAGGUGUGAAUGAGUCCUAUCAGAUGGGAUUGUUUCAGAUUCUGGCAUCAAUUUUGCACUUGGGAAAUGUGGAGGUGAAGGACAGAGACUUGGACAGCAGUAUUAUACCACCAAAUAAUGCACAUCUGAGCGUAUUUUGUGAAUUGAUGGGCGUGACAUAUCAAGACAUGUCUCACUGGUUGUGUCAUAAGAAGAUAAAGACAACAACUGAGACCUUCAUAAAGCCCAUCCCUAAACUACAGGCCAUAAACGCCCGUGAUGCUCUGUCUAAGCACAUCUACGCCAAACUCUUCAACUGGAUUGUUGACCAUGUGAACAAAGCACUGCAUUCAUCAGUCAAACAGCACUCAUUUAUCGGAGUCCUUGACAUUUACGGAUUUGAAACAUUCGAGAUCAACAGUUUCGAGCAGUUUUGUAUUAAUUAUGCCAAUGAGAAACUACAGCAACAGUUCAACUUGCAUGUGUUUAAACUGGAACAAGAGGAAUACAUGAAAGAACAGAUUCCCUGGACUCUCAUUGAUUUCUAUGAUAAUCAGCCGUGUAUUAACCUCAUCGAGGCCAAGAUGGGCAUCCUGGACCUUCUGGAUGAAGAAUGCAAGAUGCCGAAGGGUUCGGAUGACUCCUGGGCUCAGAAGCUGUAUAACACCCAUCUGAAGACUUGUGAACUUUUUGAAAAGCCAAGGAUGUCUAAUAAAGCUUUCAUUAUUCAGCACUUUGCAGAUAAGGUGGAGUAUCAAUGUGAUGGUUUUCUGGAAAAGAAUAAAGAUACGGUGAAUGAAGAGCAGAUCAACGUCCUGAAGGCCAGUAAGUUUGACCUGCUGGUGGAGCUGUUUCAGGAUGUGGAGAAAGCCACGAGUCCGACAGGUGCUGCUCCUGCCCCUGGAGGGCGCACUCGUCUCAGUGUUAAACCAGUCAAGAGCAAAGCUGGUCAAUCCAGCAAAGAGCACAAGAAGACCGUCGGACUGCAGUUCCGGAAUUCUCUGCAUUUGCUGAUGGAGACGCUGAAUGCCACUACACCACAUUACGUUCGCUGCAUCAAACCCAACGAUCACAAAUUUGCCUUCACGUUUGAUCCUAAGAGGGCAGUACAACAGCUCCGUGCAUGUGGAGUUUUGGAAACCAUCCGGAUCUCUGCUGCUGGUUUCCCAUCUAGGUGGACGUAUCAGGAGUUCUUCAGCAGGUAUCGUGUCCUGAUGAAACAGAAAGAUGUCUUGACAGAUAAGAAGAUGACCUGCAAGAACGUCCUGGAGAAACUUGUGCAGGAUCCAGAUAAGUACCAGUUCGGGAAAACCAAGAUCUUUUUCCGGGCCGGACAGGUCGCGUACCUGGAGAAACUGCGUGCUGAUAAGUUGCGUGCCGCUUGCAUCCGCAUCCAGAAGACCAUCCGUUGCUGGCUGGCACGUAAGAAGUACCUGCGCAUGAAGAACGCCGCCACAACCAUCCAGAGAUUCGUCCGUGGAUACCAGGCCCGCUGCCUCGCCAAAUUCCUGCGUCGCACACGGGCUGCGAUCGUAAUCCAGAAGUAUCAGCGCAUGUAUGUACAGAGGACGUCCUACAAACGCAAACAGGCCGCAGCUCUGGUCAUGCAGUGCAUACUCAGAGCAUACAUGGCAAGACAGCUUUAUAAAGCGCUUCUGCGUGAGCACAAGGCCAUCAUCAUUCAGAAGAUGGUGCGCGGCUGGUUGGCGCGUCAGUGGUACAAGCGGUCGCUCCGAGCCAUCGUGUACCUGCAGUGCUGCAUCCGGCGCAUGCGAGCCAAACGCGAGCUCAAGAAACUCAAGAUCGAGGCCCGAUCGGUCGAACACUUCAAGAAGCUCAACAUCGGUAUGGAGAACAAAAUCAUGCAACUGCAGCGCAAGAUAGACGAACAGCACAAAGAGAACCGUGCUGUCAGCGAGCGCUUGAACGGUCUGGAGAUCAGUCAUGCUGCAGAGUCCGAGCGUAUGCGGGGAGAGCUCACGCGUCUGCGAGGGGCAGAAGAGGAGGCUAAAAACAAUGCCAACCGAGUCACAUCUCUCCUGGAGGAGCUGGAGCGUCUGCGUAAAGACCUACAGAACACACAGAAGGAGAAGAAGACCAUCGAGGACUGGGCACAAAAAUACCAGGAUGAGAUGGAGCAGAUGAUCUCCGAACUGAAAGAGCAGAACCACCUGCUGAAGAACGAGAAAGACGACCUGAACCGACUGAUCCAGGAACAGAGCCAGCAGUGGACAGAGAAAAUGCAGAGGGCUCUGAAGGAGGAAACCCAGCAGUUAGAAAGCGAUUUAAACGAGGAACGCUCUCGCUAUCAGAACCUGCUUUCAGAGCACCUCCGACUGGAGGAGAAAUACGACGAUUUGAAAGAGGAGAUAACCCUGGCAGUGAACAUUCCCAAACCUGGGCACAGACGCACAGACUCCACGCACAGCAGCAACGAAUCCGAAUGCACGUACUCAGAGUUUGCCGAGUCAGAGGAGGGGUCUCGCGGAGGAGAGGAUGUUUCCAAAGGGAUACUGGAUAUGUCUCUGUUCCUGAAGCUGCAGAAGAGAGUGUCCGAACUGGAGCAAGAGAAACAGUCACUGCAAAACGAACUCGAUCGCAGAGAGGAACAGUUUCAACGGGCUAGAGCCAGGGAUGAUGAGGAACACAAGAAAUCUCGCAGCGCUGAACUGGAGUAUGAAUCUCUCAAGCGUCAGGAGCUGGAGUCUGAGAAUAAGAAGUUGAAACAUAAUCUAAAUCAGAUGCGUCAGUCUCUAAGAGGCCAGACUGAGGCCAGAUCCGCUGCUCCCGGUUCUCCUGCGUACGUGGUUCUUCUGGACCAGCUGAACGCCUCCAAUGAGGAGCUGGAGGUGCGUAAGGAGGAGGUGCUUAUCCUGCGAUCUCAACUCGUCAGUCAGAAAGAGGCCAUGCAGCACAAGGCGACCAUGACUGAACCCUUGCCCUACAUUGAGGAUGUGCAGAAGUUGACUGAUGCCAAGGAGAUCUCGCAGGCGUACAUGGGCCUGAAAGAUACCAACAGAUCACCCAGAUUUGCGCGCAGACCGACUGAAGUUAAUGAGCUUGUGAACAGGUUGAGAUCUCCCUUCCCUGACUACCAUAAGAUGAAUGAGGAUGGGGAACUGUGGCUGGUAUAUGAAGGGUUAAAGGAAACAAACAGGUUGUUGGAGUCUCAGCUGCAGGCACAGCGUCGGUCUCAUGAGAAUGAGGUGGAGGUUUUGCGUGGAGAGCUCCAGAGUGUUAAAGAGGAGAAUAACCGGCAACAGCAGCUCUUGGCUCAGAACCUUCAGCUUCCUCCGGAGGCCAGAAUCGAGGCUAGUCUGCAACAUGAGAUCACACGUCUCACCAACGAAAACCUGGAGCUUCAUUCUGAUGACCCAAAGGAAUAUAAAGCCUACAGAUUCAGCAUUUUACGCAGAAUGAUUGACCUCAUGGAGCAGCUGGAGAAACAGGACAAGACGGUUCGCAAACUAAAGAAACAGCUCAAAGUCUUUGCCAAAAAGAUCAACGACCUUGAAGGUGGUCAGAUGGACGUGUCUCCAGGACAGACGACUGACGAGCCCGUUCACCCGGUGAAUAUUCCACGCAGAGAGAAAGAUUUCCAGGGAAUGCUCGAGUACAAGAAAGAGGAUGAGCUCAAACUGGUCAAAAAUCUCAUACUAGAGCUGAAGCCUCGUGGUGUGGCAGUGAAUCUGAUACCGGGUUUGCCCGCAUACAUUCUCUUCAUGUGUCUGCGUCACGCUGACUACGUCAAUGAUGACCAGAAAGUGCGAUCGCUACUCACCUCCGUCAUUAACAGCAUCAAGAAGAUCCUCAAGAAACGAGGCGAUGACUUUGAGACGGUUUCCUUCUGGUUGUCGAACACGUGUCGGUUCUUGCACUGCCUGAAACAAUACAGCGGAGACGAGCAAUUCAUGAAACAUAACUCCCCGAAACAGAACGACCAUUGUCUCUCCAACUUUGACUUGGCCGAGUACCGACAGGUCCUCAGCGACCUGGCCAUUCAGAUCUACCAGCAGCUCAUCAAGUGUAUGGAGAACAUCCUACAGCCCAUGAUCGUCUCCGGCAUGCUGGAACACGAAACCAUUCAGGGCGUGUCGGGGGUCAAGCCCACGGGUCUCCGUAAAAGGACGUCCAGCAUCGCCGAUGAGGGAACGUAUACGUUGGACUCCAUCAUCCGCCAGCUCAACACCUUCCACUCCAUCAUGUGCCAGCACGGGACAGACCCAGAGCUUAUAAAACAAGUGGUCAAACAGCAGUUUUACAUCAUCGGCGCCGUCACGCUUAACAACCUGCUGCUGCGUAAAGACAUGUGCUCCUGGAGCAAGGGCAUGCAGAUCAGGUAUAAUGUGAGUCAGUUGGAGGAGUGGUUGAGAGAUAAGAACCUCAUGGUAUGCGGUGCUAAAGAAACACUGGAGCCGCUGAUUCAGGCCGCACAACUGCUUCAGGUUAAAAAGAAAACUGAUGAAGAUGCCGAAGCCAUUUGCUCGAUGUGUAACGCUCUCUCUACAGCACAGAUCGUGAAGGUGCUGAACUUGUACACACCUGUCAAUGCGUUUGAAGAGCGUGUGUCGGCACUGUUCAUAAGGACUAUACAGACACGUUUACGAGAUCGGAAGGAGUCACCUCAGCUGCUGAUGGACACCAAAAUCAUCUACCCCGUGACCUUUCCUUUUAACCCAUCCUCUCUGGCACUGGAAACCAUUCAAAUCCCCAGCAGCCUCAAUCUGGGCUUCCUUUCUCGUGUGUAGACCUGAGUCACCUCAUCUCAGCCAAUCACAUGGCAGGAACUACAUUUUAAUAUAUAUAUAUAUAUAUAUAUAUUAGGGAUGUAACGGUAUUAUAAAUUUCGUGGUAUUGCGGUAUAACAUUUUCGCGGUGCAACCGUGGUCACGUGAUUCGGUAAAACAUUGGGUCUUCCGGGCAACACGUGUAGUUUUUUUUCCACCAAAGUGCAGCGAGACACGGGAACUACAAUUCCCAUAAUCCCAUGCGUGCCACUCUGUCUGAUGCCUCUCUACAAGUGGAGCAACAAUGGCGGAAGCAAAAGAAACACGGAUUUUAAAUCUGAUGUGUGGAAAAAGUUCGCGUUCGCUGUGACAAGAAACGAAAAAGGACAAAAUGUGAUGGACAUACAAAAAACGAGUGUGAGUAAAUCCGUGAAUGAGGAGAGCGUGUAUGCCGUUUCUCAAUUAGAAAGCAGCCUCCUUAGAUCGCAUAUGCAGGCUGCAUCCGUCAUUACACGCCUGGUGUAUUUAAGUAAAAUGAGUAUUACAUUCGCAAGUCAUAAGCAUGUUACAACAAUAUACGAAUGAAUAAGAAUAAUUGUCAACUUGAAAAAUGUUAAUAUUCUAAAAUAAGACGUUCUUCAUGACGUAUGCAGCCUACAAAUGCGACCUAUGGAGGCUGCAGACUUCUGAUUGGGAAAUGAGCCCCUGCAUUGAGUGAGCUGACCUCAGCUCUAGGUCCAGCUACAAUAAGUAAGCUGCUAUUUUCAUUUUUACUGGGUUGUUUUUAUUUUCAGGAAUUGACCCGCUUAAAACCCAUCAUCUUUUCUUGAUUCUGCAAUCACAACUGUUGCUUUCAUAGGAGUAUCAAGCAUUAGCAUUAUUAAUAAUAAUAAAAACUAGGUCAAUUGAGGGAGUGACUCAAUUCUUAAAACCUGACUGAUUGGGAGUUGUUUAAAGUUGACAAACUAAACUGAAACUUUAUUUUUUAUUUUAUUACAUGGUCUAAUUAUUUUUGUCCUUUUUAUGAAAAUUGUAAACACUAUGCUACGCUACACUUUGUACAUUGUAAUGUUCAGUCUUGUUUAAUGAACACUUAUGGCAGUUUUUCCAAGUCUUCAUAUGUUUUUUCCUUCCUGUAAAUGUUUCAAUAAUUACCGUACCGUGGGCAUCCUACCGAAAUACUACCGUACCGUGAAUUUUUGAUACCGUUACAUCCCUAAUAUAUAUAUAUAUAUAAAGUAAAUAAUUGUAAGUAAAUAAACCACAUACUCAAAAGAGAAAUGCAGUUCAGACCUUUUAAACCAGUCUCACAAAAAAUGCCUUUCUUCAAAUUGGAAAAGGCUUAGUUUUGUUUGAUUGAACAUUGUGAUAUUGUUAGCAUUACAUUUUAUUUACCUCUCCUAAAUUCUUUAACGCAAAAAAAUCUUUGAAAAAAUCCAAUUUAAUUAAAUUCAAAUUGUUAUGUGUAAGAGAGAUGUUUGAGAUGAGAGGUACAUACAUAAAAGUAGCAGUUGCGUUGCUUUAAUUUAUGAUGAGAAACCUAAAAAUACUGUCAUAAUUUUAACUGUAAAACUGAAAUCAGAAACACAAUUGACAUAAAAGUAACUCAAUAGCAAAUCUGAAUGCUUCACAGUAAUAACAAUAAUGAAGGAAAUGUGCUUUCAUGAAAAUAAUGUCACAAUGCGUACAACAUCUUAAUAUUGAAUUUUUUUCAUAGUUUUGCACUGUUGCAAAGCAGUGAAUCUUUUUGUGAGAUUAAUCCCAAAAGGUUUGAUUCUUUAGGGAAGUUUUUAUGGCCAUAAGUACACAAAGUUUUGGUUAUGGAAGAUGAAUGCCAAAAGGUCAAAAUCACUACACAAAUGCCUGUUGGCUAUCAAUCCAGAAUAUUGUUGCAGGGCUGUAUAAUGUUAUACAUAUAUAAAUAUCUAUGAAUAUGUAUGAUGUUAGGAUAUUUUAUUUAUUGCUUUGCCCAGUCAGAUAUUUUCUCUCUUGAAUGCUAUAGCCAACAUAGAUAUCCAGUCACAGGACGUCCUCUAUCAGAUUCAUAUCAGGCCUUUGAGCUCUGCUGACUUCAUUAAUGUGCGUAGAUGUUAAUUUGUUAGUAUUGUAUAUUUUGUAAUGUUGAUUAGCUAUGAAAUAGUCACGUCUGGUGUUAACAGGCAGAAAGGAAACUGAGCUUUUCCUCUUCUUCAUGAGCUUCCUCCUCAUCCUCAACAUUAUAUUAUUUUCUAAUAAGAUACUAGAGUCCUGGUGGGUGGGAUCACAGUAAACUAUCCCUACACUAUAGUAUAGUGAGGCGACAGAUGAUUGAGUCCUUUAGAUGAAUCUCAUGACCAUGUCACUUAUUAUUUAUGACCCAGAUGUUUCUCGACAGUUUUCAUGAUGUUCACGGCGGUGUCUUUUAUGCACAAAGACUAUAAAGACAACGCAAAGCACUGACUAUUAUUUACAAGACUGGAAGAUGUCAAGUCUGCUGUUAUUUAUUUCAGUAUUAUAUGAUUUUAACAAUUACAAACAUCUGUUACUUUUACAGCAUGUGCUGUUAUAUGGUUUAUUUAAUGUGAUAUCUAUCUUUUGUGUUCAUGUCAGUAUUAUCUUGAAUGUGUCAGACAGUUUUUCUUGAAGUUUAUUUUCAUUUCCACAUUAACUCCUGUUACAGCAGUCACCUUAUAACACUCAUACCAUAGUUCAGUGGGUUAUUGGUCAUUAUUCAUCUGAUCAUGUCAUGCUAUUACUGUAGUUACAGUCUUUUCUCUAUAACACACACACACACACUUUUAUAUCUGUCUCAACUGCUUUUAUGGUUGUUGUUGACAUGCAAUACAAGUACUGUAGAGAUGAGACUGUGUAAAAAAAGUAUCCAGUACAAUAUCUUUAAGCCAAACAUAUUAACUGAAAAAGCAAAUGUAUGCAUAAUAACUUCAUUGGCAAAAGGUUUUGGGCAUUUUCAAGCAAAUCUAACAACCUUUAUUGAGGUUAAAACAAACAAACCUAUAUUUCCUAAUAAAAAAUGAUAGAAAUAAUUUAACUAUAUAAUAAUGUUAUCUUACAUGAUUUCGCUUCUUUGGUAAAUAUUUUAGCUUGAAUUGUGGCAUACAGCUGUAUUUGUGAUUGUUAUCUAAAUGAAUAUCUAUAAUAAAUUCAGUACAGUCCUGUGAUGUGUAAAUAGAAAUGCACAUCUGUACUUUAAAAUGCACAUAUUCUCACUACUGUAAUGUGGUAAAAUACUAUACAAUUUUGCUCCUACACUGUUAGAAAACAAUGGUCCCAAGCAGGCGGUCAACCUUUAUAAAGGUUCUAAAUGUAUUUAUUUAGGCAAGGCAAGUUUGCACAUGUAUCAGCAUGUUUCGUACACUGAGGUCAUUUAAAAUGUGAUACAUGUAUAUGAUAUCAAUAUGUACCUCUAAUAUGAACUAUUUAGGUGCAAAGGUAUGAUUUUACAGAGGGACCAUUUUUUCUGACCGAUGAGAAAAAAUUUUUUCAUUAUUUGAUGGCUUUCUUAAAGCAAAACAAGAAAAAACUGAAAGUGAUUUUUUUGCAGUGUAUAUUAAGAUCAGUUUAACUCAUUCCCUGCCAGCCUUUUUUUUAAAGCUGCCAGCCAGCAAUAUUGGUGAUUUUCACAAAAUGCCUUCCAGGAAAAUGUUCUUCUAUAAAUGUGUUAACAUACAAAUAUAUCAAAUGAAAUAACAGACCCUCUGCUUUUAAACAUACAAACAAAAUGGGAAAAAAUUGUUUCAUCCUAUCUUUUUAUCACCUCAACUAUGGGUAGGUUUCUUCAAAAAGACAAAAUUUUGAGCAAAAAGCUGAAAUAAUUGCAUUUUUGUAAAGGAAUUUUGUUAGAGAUCAGACUCAGAAUGGUUAUCAAAGCAAACACAGAGUUUAAAUGUUGAAAAAUGAGUUUAUGCUUGAGUUUUUUAUAAAUUGGGUAUUAUCUAGUGGAGAAUAGCAGAAUUACAGAUUGCGGUAAAAACUCGUCAGGAAAACGUCAUUGGUAGGGAAAUGUUUUCUCUUAAUUGACAAGAUAACUCGUUUUUGUCACUAUCAAGAGUCAUUUUUUUAUUAUCAUGGGACCAUUUUGUGCUCAAUGUGGUGUUUACUUUUUAUAGUGUUUUUUUUUGUUGUUGUUUGUUUAGAAUGAUAAGAUAGAUUUACAAAUGCAAUCUGUUAAAGGUGCAUUUCACUUUAAAGUGAAGAUAAUGAAGUUGUACUGAAACACAAACAACUGAAAAUGUAAAACCUGAAUGUUAUAGUUCAUACAUGAGUUUAUUUACAGUGUCAUAUAAGCCUUACCUCUGAAUGGAUGAUAUGUAAUUGUUAUUACGUUUUAUUUUCACUUGUACAUUGUAAAUCCAUGUUAAAGCAGAUUUCAGAAAUGUCAUGUUUAGAUUAGUUAUUAGUUAUUUGAACAUUACCUAUGCCUCUCCAUUACCUAUUCAUUUGCAUUACAUCCUCUGGUCUUUAAAAACCUUUGCAUUACUGUAUAUAGCGAGUCGCCUUGCGGUCCACAGCUCUGGUUUCUCUUCAGAUGACUGAAUCAGUUUUCUGCUGUAUCUUUGAUAGGUUUGUCAUCUAUCACACAUGCACAUCAUGGUAACAGCAGUCAGUCUAGAGUCUGAUCGUGUCACUUAUGAUCUGACUGGUCUCAUGCUUGUAUAAAAGCAUAGCUUAUACAGACAUUGUUAUUCGCUGUAGUAAUGCUAAACAUCAACUGAACGCCUCGUGUGUUUGGUUCAUGAUUUACAGGAUCGAGGUCUCUGGCGUGAAGGGUUUGUUGUUCCUGUAGCUGUAAUUAUUUCAUGUGUUCAUUGAUGCAGUUUCAUGAAGUGAUCUACUAAUGUCAAAACCUGUUCAAGUCCAAUAAAUGAAUUCAGCACUA